CUUUUUCACCACCUAAGUUGUAAACUAGUUCAUAAUACUUCACUGACAGAGACAGUUAUUUCACAUGAUGAAACUUUUUUCUACGCAGAGAAAAUGAAAAGAAGAUCAUCAACCACCUUUGACCAAAUUAGGCUUUAAUUAGAUUCCACGAACUUAAUGGAAGCCAGGUUGCAUGUCAAGUACUAUCUAUAAAAGUUAAUGGUUAUUGAAACAGAAAGAAAUGAAAUCAAUACCAAGAUAAAGCCCGUGAAACAAGGUUGGAUCAACAAAAUGUAACAAUUGGCUAAUAUUCCUUUAUAUCAUCCUAUUUUCCUGGAUCACUAUCACUUUCUCAAAAAAUUAAAAAAAAAAAUAAAAAAUAAAAAAAAAAAUAAGGAAGACCAACCAACCGAGCCUUCAACCAACUUUAAUUUUCUCCUACAUUUCACUUUCUCUCAUUCCAUUUUCUUCUUCUCCCAUUCUUCAACCCUGCAAAAAACAAAGAAAAAGGUAAAAUAAUUAAAAAAGAAAAUCAAAAUGAAGUCGAAAAACAGCUUAAUCCCACUAAUUUUCUCCCUCAUUUUCUUCCACUCUGCAGAAGCCAUUUGCAAACCUCGAGGCUUCGACUACAUUCAACCUUCUUCUAAUGCAUCAACGUCGACCAGCCAGCAACAACAAUCACCAUCACCAUCAGCGCCAGCACCAAACCAAGUCCCAUCUUCACCACCAUCAACAUCAACUCCCAUUUCCAAUGCCAACUCCAACCCUCCUAGUUCAGAACCUCAACCACCAAGUUCCUCUUCUUCUUCUCCUGCUAAAACUUUUACUCCUUCUCCUGCUCCUCCACCAACCUCCUCCUCUCGUCCACUCGCAGGAAUUAACCUCUUUAACCAGCCAACUCCCAAAACCGAACCCACAACUGUUGACCCAGCCGUCAAGAAAAUUUGCGACAGCACGGACUACCCAACUCUCUGCCUCGCUUCUCUCACCCCGUUCCUCAUCGUCGGGAAGACCGACCCUGUUUCUAUUCUCGAAUUGGCCAUAAAGGCUUCGACCCAGCAAGCCAAAUUGGCUCUUGAAGCUGCUACGAAGCUCGCAAGCGCUCCUAAUCUUCCUCCAAGAAAGGCAAGCGGGCUGAGUGAUUGCCAGUACAUGUUCAACGAUGCUUUGGAUAACCUUGAGAGUGCCAUGGAUGCUAUACCGUCUAAGGAUUAUGGGACUGUGAAUAGCAUGCUUAGUGCUGUGAUUACUGAUUCUGAGACCUGUGAAGAUGGGUUCACUGGGCAAUCUCCAUUGGCUGAGUUUGAUGACAAGCUGAGGAUGAUGGGAAGCAAUUGCCUUGCCAUUUCUUCAUUGAUAUCGCCAAUCAUAUAAAUCCUUUAUUAUUCACUUGCUUUUUUUUUUUUUUUUUUUUCAUCUUUUCUUUUUUGGUUUUUGGCGUUGCUUUCUAUCUUCUCUCCCCUAGUAGCUAUAGAAGUUUCUUAUGGGUGUUUUCAUACUUUUUUUUUUUUUUUUUGGGGGUAAACCAGGAGAGAAGCUUUAUAUGCACAUAUAUGGAACUAAAGUUUGUCAAAGUUGACAGAGAAUAAGUGGGUUUUAGCAUAUGCGUAUGGAAUUAGCACUAAUGGAUACUGAUAUUAUGUAUACGUACAAAAAUAUCUAAUUCAUCAUAUUUGAUAAAUUAAGUUUGAUUAUACUACGAAUAAGUUUGUAUUUGUGAUUUUCACCCAAAAA